UGCCGGCAGAAGUGAUUUUGGGGAUAAACGGACGGCACGCAGGAGAGCGGCGGUUCGCGGUGGUGGAAAAUGACACAGCUAUCUGGAUAAAUGGCGAAGUUUAAGAUGAAAGUCUACCAGCACUGGCUGCUUUUUGUUUUGUUUCUUCCUUUAUCAAGUGUUUUAUGUUUCAGCGAGUUGUCCUUCAUCACAGAGCCCAGUGAUGUUACUCUACUACCAAAGGACCCUGCUGUCUUGGACUGUCAGGCUCAUGGGCAGCCUCCAGUCACCAUUAAGUGGCUAAAGAAUGGAGUUCGGUUGGCAGAAAGUGAGCACAUACAGUUUCUGCCCAACGGCUCCUUGUACAUAACAAAGAUAAAGCAUACCAAGGAGGAAUCAGACGAAGGAUUCUACCAGUGCCUCUCCCAGAACAAAUAUGGAGCUAUCCUAAGCCAAAGAUCACGUCUGACUAUCGCAAGUAUCUCAGAGUUUGUGUUGCAUCCUGUGCCUAUGGUGGUGACUGAGGGCUCAGUGGCACGAUUCUCCUGUGCUGUCACCUCCAGCCCUCUGGCCACCAUCACCUGGGAGCUCAACCAAAGCACAUUACCACUACAGACAGACAGAAUAACAGUUUUGCCCAAUGGAGUUCUUCAGAUCCACAAUGUACAAUUGGAAGAUGCUGGACGGUAUCGAUGUGUGGCAACUAACAUUGGUAGCCGUUUGAAGAGUAGAGAGGCCACACUGACAGUCAAUCAAGGUGCGGGCCUUAAACCACGUCAGAGGCCCAGAAUCAUUGCUGGACCCCAAAAUGUCACAGUUUCUCUUCACCAAACUGUGGUGCUGGAGUGUGUGGCCACAGGCAAUCCCUGGCCCAUCAUCUCCUGGAGCCGUGCUGACAGCAAACCCAUUGAUGUGUACAAUGCCAAAGUGCUGGGCAAUGGCAACCUGGUUAUUACUGAUGUUAGUUCCAAGCACAGUGGAGUCUACCUCUGCAGGGCCACCACCCCUGGAACCCGCAACUACACUAUUGCUGCAGCCAACCUCACAGUUCAAGUGCCACCAUCCAUUGUCGAGAGGCCUGAGAGCCAGACCCGUCCAAGAGCAGGCACUGCCCGGUUUAUGUGCCAAGCAGAGGGAGUGCCCCCGCCACGCAUCAGCUGGCUAAAGAAUGGAGAAGAGGUUCACUUAAAUGGGAGGAUUAAGAUGUACAACAGUAAAUUGGUGAUUACCCAGAUCAUCCCUGAGGAUGAUGCCAUCUACCAAUGCAUGGCUGAGAGUGAACAGGGUUCUGUGCUGUCCUUGGCUCGCCUUAUUGUUGUCAUGUCCGAGGACAGGCCCAGUGCACCCAGAAAUAUCCAUGCUGAGACCAUCUCAAGCUCUGCUAUCUUGCUGGCCUGGGAGAGACCUCUCUACAAUGCAGACAAAGUCAUUGCCUACUCCAUCCAUUAUAUGAAGGCUGAAGGUCUAAACAACGAAGAAUACCAAGUUGUUAUUGGCAACGACACGACCAGUUAUAUCAUCGAUGACCUUGAGCCAGCUCGAAACUACAGCUUUUACAUCGUGGCUUAUAUGCCAAUGGGAGCCAGUCGUAUGUCAGACCAAGUCAGUCAACAUACCCUGGAGGAUGUGCCUUUGCGUACCCCAGAGCUAAGUCUGACCAGCGACAGCUCCACAGAUAUCCAGGUGAACUGGCAGCCACUGCCCGCCAAGUUGAGCCGUGGUCGGGUGUCUGCAUACAGACUAUCCUAUCGUACAGCUGCGGACAAUACUGUCAACUCUGUGGAGCUACCUCAGAACAGCACAGACUAUCUGCUGGAGGGCAUGCAGCCUGACACCAUCUACCUGCUCCGCAUGGCUGCAGCCACCCGUGUGGGCUGGUGUGAGCCUUCUGCAUGGACCUCACACCGUACACCUAAGAUCUCCAGCAGCAAAGUGCCUUCAGCCCCUACUCUUCAACUUGAGCCACUUAACUGCACCUCCAUUGUGGCCCGCUGGCAAACCUCCCCAGGAUCUGUGGCUGUCCAGGGUUACCGGCUGUGUUACCACGAGGAAGGCCAACCAGAGCAGCCCAUCAUCCAGCUGCAGGCUCAGACCUAUACCUACACCAUCAGUGGCCUUGAUCCAAGGAGAAAGUAUCAUGUCAAGAUUCUAGCUGUCAGUCAAGCUGGAGAUGGCUUUCAAACAGACCAGACAAUUAGUACUCCGGGAUGUGUGUCGGCUAGAGACCAACUGGCAGCAUCCCCUCCGCCACCAGAUCACGUGACUGUAUUAGCCAACAAUGCAUCUGCAGUGUCCCUGCGCUGGAGCCGUCCUGCUUUCCCCUCUGGAAAGGCUGUUAGCUAUACAGUCCGUUGUACACCUGUGGGCACCCACAACGCCUCAGCUAUACGCUACCUACAAAUUACCAAACAGAGUGUGAUGGUUCAGAAUUUGGAACCAAACACUCGCUAUGAGUUUGUUGUGCGUCUUCAUGUGGACCAGAUGUCGAGUCCCUGGAGUUCUGUUGUUUACCAUCAGACUCUGCCAGCAGCUCCUAGCCAACCGCCUGCAGGAUUGCGAGUAACUCUGAUUGAGGAUGACACUGCCCUGGUGUCUUGGAGGGAGCCCACAGAGCCCAAUGUGGAGGUUACACACUAUACCAUCCUGUACGCUUCCCAGAAAGCCUGGUUGGCUGGACGCUGGCAAAUAAUGCAGAGGGAGGGAAGCCAUACAAUGGCCCUGCUGGAGAAGCUGGAGCCGGGGAAUGUCUACCUGGUGAAAAUCUCUGCCUCCAACCAGGUCGGUGACGGACCUUUCUCUAGCAUUGUGGAGCUGGCACUGAAGCGUGGAAACACCUACCGCAGCAAGAACCCCAGGCACUCUGACAGCUUCCCGGAUACAACAGUGUUGUCUGAUGGUCUCUACCACAUAGACCAGAAGUCUAUGACGGGGAUCAUUGUUGGUGUGAGCAUCGCCUUGGCCUGUAUUGUUAUGUGUGCCUUGAUCAUCAUCAGUAAGGGUAGACCAAGGAAAUCCUCCAGUCACAAAGUCAUUGCUGUGGGAGCUGCUGAAGAUCCACGUGCUGGUUUGUCCCUGCCCAAUGAACACCAUACAGAAAAUGUCCUUAUACCCAUGAUAAGCGAUCACUUUAUAGAUGCCAAGGGUCGAUCUCAUAUGGUCAUAAAUAGUGCCGGUCUAGUCAGCAACAAGAAUCAAAGCAAGAGUUGGCUGCUCUUCAAGAGGGAGAUCAGGAAUCCAGCUGAAAGUGAUCUUGAGAGGAGAGCCAGCUUGUAUGAGGCUGGCAAAACUGUUCUGAGGUAUGAGGAGCGUUUAGGUUCAGCGCCCCUGCCACCUUCGUCCCGGGAGAUCAUCUUUGGACCUUUUCACUCGGAGAGCUCUCACACUAGCGAGGGCAGCCAAGAGACGGGAGACUCUGGACACUACUCCAACGAAGAAAGCAACGAAGAGAUGAGCAACCCUUCGACCAGCCAAAGCUCCAGACCUGAAUCUUUUGGGCCGGACGAUAUUACCACUGUCGCUGAGCUGAAGCAGUCUUUUGAAGUGGAAAAUGAGGAGAUGCUGAGCCAUCCACUCCAUCACUCCGCCCCUGAUGCUGCCCGGCUCUGCUGCACCUCAGAGGGCUCUCAUCCUGCCCUGCACACGUCCCAAGCAGUCGGCUCCUGACAUCACCUGGCCCAGAUAUGCUCUCCAGCAGCCAAAGCUACGCCACUUCUACCUCGUUUGCUUCCUGAGUUGAGCCCCUCAGUUAUUUCCUGAGGCACAAGGGAUCAGGAAGCCAGCUGCUGUGAUGGCGGAAAUGUGCUUUUGCUUCGGAUCUACCUCAGGAUUUUGUAUGAAUGUUUGUUAUAACAUUUUAUUUCCUUUUUUUUUUAAACUUUCUACCUGUUUCUCUGUGUUUGGCAUUGUCUGUCCUAAACCAAAGCUCACCCAUGAUGAAUGUUAAAAAGAAUGUCAAAACUGUACUGUGAUACAUUUUCAUUAUAUUUAAUUACUUUCCAUUGGAGCAGAGGGUGUAGUUGAGCCAUUUUGACUGAUUAUCUACCUCCCUGUUCUGUUAUUGUACAUACAUUAUUACCUCCUUUUCACCACAUGUCAUGCAGUAUUAUCUCAGACUCAGGGGACAAGGUGAAAACAUUUCAUUGCCAUGUCUUGUUACCUCUGUUAGGGGGUUAUUAUCUAGAGGUACUUAUUUUUUAAAUUCUCUGAACUUUUAGUUUGAUGGUUGAAAGAGCUUUUGUUUCACAUUGUUUGACUUUGAAUGAUGUAUGUUGUAAAAAUAAUAAGUGCAUUUAAUAUUGUCAAACUAUUUGAGCUUUAUCAUAAAAUAUUUGGCAUUUUCAGUGCACUGAACUCAAAGCUUUAACAUGGCCUUAGUAUCGAAAGGACUUCGCAUACUAUAGAAGAUGAGAUCCAAAGACAGGAAAAAUUGUACCCAAAGAGUUUUUGAUAAUACAAUAGAUAUUCUAAGGCAACCAAAAAUAUAAUGGAUGUUUAUUGAGGGUGCGUUUACCAAAAUAUUGUUCUUGCCAAUGAUGUAAAUUUCCUUUAGAAUGGUGGUUUUAAUGCUUUUGUCUUGAUGCUUUAUUCUGGUGAAAGCUUUAGCACAAGUCUCCCAGCUUGUGUUCCAUUUGCCUUCUAAACCAUUGCUAAACGCAGCGGUGAUGCCGAUGCUAUUAUCCAAAGAGUUGUCUGCUUCCUCAGAUGGGUAUGGCUUUUCAUUCAGUUGAUCCUUGGUACUAUGAGGUGGAAACUAUUGACACAAGACCAAAGAUCCAGUGUGUCCUGCCAGUGAUAGAUGAUGAUAUUUAUUCUUUGUGUAGAGAAUCAUCUGUUACCGUUCACCAAUAUUGCUGUAUGAGGAAGAAUUCUCUUUCUCUCUCCAUAAAAUAUCGUGUCCAGGUGUGACAAUGAAGGAUUCUGACUAUCAAAAUGGAAACCCUAUGUGUGAAGAGCAACAUAAUCAAUUUUUAUAUCUUUGUAAUACAAAUAAUCCUAACCAAAGAAACUUGAAGUCUCUGUUAUUUAGUGAUUUUCUUUGGUUUUCAUUUACAUUAUUUGCAUUCAAAUGUGAUAUGAUUUCCAAUGGUUUUGAUUGCUAGAAAUGCGUUUUAAAAUGUUUGUUUUUUUUAAAGCUUGAGAUGUCAUAAACUGUUCUGCUGUCUUUUUUAUCACCAUGAGAUUUCGCCUGAAUGAUACUUAGGUUACAUUAGAAAUUUUAAUUUAGAUUGUCUUUUUAGCAUGAUGUAAAAAAAAAAAAAAAAAAAAACAUUUCCCAAUUUUAAUCUGACAUUUUAGUAAAUUAAUAAGGCUGGUUUCAAGUUCAAAGUUUGUCUCAGUAAUGCAUUCGUAUAAAAGGUUGAAAGCCACAGAUAAUUUUGCUGACUUAACUCAGGUGCCAAAUAUAGAUUUAGAGUGUAGACCUAACUUAAGUUAUGGUUUUCUGAUAUUUCUGCUUUUGAAUACCAACAUACAUCUUUUAAAACAAAGUGAGCAACAGAACAAAUUAUUUUAAGUGUUGAAAUGUUGCAACAGACUUUUUUUGAUACUCUCAAGAUGAUCACAAAUACUAGAUAAUAAAAUUGUUCUUGGAAAAAUA